CGGCUCUCGAACCGUCGUCGCGACGCCGAGUUGCUCGGUGGUUUUCCUGCUGCUCAGGGGGCGCCCGCGCCCUGCGCUCUCGACGAGGCUCCGUCAUGCUCGGCAGUCAGUCGACCCCGUGCACCGCGGCACGCUGGCUGCCGGGAGGCUUUUCGCAUCCGCGUGUCGAAUACGGUAAACGAGCGUCGAACGGACGAGUGAAAACUAGCCGAGUGCCGAUCGCAUCACGUUCCGAUUAUUGGCCAGGAACCCGAGGCGAUGGAUUAGCCGAUCCGAGCCUGCGACGAGCUUGAAAAACGUUCGAAACCGAAGCCAAUCAUCAUCCGAGCGAUCAUGACGACCGCGUCGAGGGUGGCCCUCCUGUUGCGCCUCCUCCUCUACCUGGGGGGUGAACUCGGCGUGGCCGGGGGUUCGCGGGGGGUCCACGACGACCCCCUGGUGGUCGAGACGACGAGCGGUUUGGUGCGGGGCCUGUCGAGGUCGGUGCUGGGCCGAGAGGUCCACGUCUUCUACGGCAUCCCGUUCGCCAAGCCGCCGGUGGGACCGCUGAGGUUCCGAAAGCCGCUGCCGAUCGACCCUUGGCACGGUGUGCUGGAGGCGACGUCGCUGCCGAACAGCUGCUACCAGGAGCGGUACGAGUACUUCCCGGGCUUCGAAGGCGAGGAGAUGUGGAACCCGAACACCAACAUCUCGGAGGACUGCCUGUACCUCAACGUCUGGGUACCGCAGAAGCUCCGGCUGCGACACAAGGGCGCCGAGUCGCCCGGAAACGAGAGGGCCAAGGUGCCGAUCCUCGUAUGGAUCUACGGAGGAGGUUACAUGAGCGGCACGGCCACCCUCGACAUCUACGACGCUGACAUAAUGGCCGCUACCAGCGACGUGAUCGUCGCGUCGAUGCAGUACAGGGUCGGGGCCUUCGGCUUUCUCUACCUCAACGACCACUUCACGAACAGCGAGGAGGCCCCGGGGAACAUGGGACUGUGGGACCAGGCCCUGGCCAUCCGUUGGAUACGCGACAACGCCGCGGCCUUCGGCGGCGAUCCCGACAUGAUAACGUUAUUCGGAGAGUCCGCCGGCGGUGGGUCCGUGUCCUUGCACUUGAUUUCGCCGGUGACGCGGGGACUCGUGAGGCGCGGUAUCCUCCAGAGUGGGACCCUCAACGCUCCGUGGAGCUACAUGACCGGCGAGAAGGCCCACGACGUCGCCCGCGUCCUCGUCGACGAUUGCAACUGCAACUCGACCAUGCUCGUGGACAAUCCGUCACGCGUCAUGGCCUGCAUGCGGUCCGUAGACGCCAAGACCAUAUCCGUACAGCAGUGGAACACCUAUUGGGGCAUUCUUGGAUUCCCAUCCGCGCCCACCAUCGACGGGAAAUUCCUUCCCAAGCAUCCGCUGGACUUGCUGAAGGAGGGAGACUUCGAGGACACCGAGAUAUUGAUCGGCAACAACAAGAACGAAGGAACCUAUUUCAUACUGUACGACUUUAUCGAUUACUUCGAAAAGGACGGACCGAGUUUUCUGCAGCGUGACAAAUUUCUCGACAUCAUCAAUACCAUCUUUAAAAAUAUGUCGACUCUCGAACGAGACGCGAUCACCUUUCAAUAUACCGACUGGGAGCAUAUCAGCGAUGGAUACCUGAACCAGAAAAUGAUCGGCGACGUUGUUGGCGAUUACUUUUUCAUCUGUCCCAGUACGCAUUUCGCCCAACUUUUCGCCGAACGUGGAAUGAAGGUCUACUACUACUUUUUCACUCAGAGGACGAGCACGAAUCUUUGGGGCGAGUGGAUGGGCGUCAUGCACGGGGAUGAGAUCGAAUACGUAUUCGGCCAUCCCCUGAACCAGUCUCUGCAGUACAACAUAAAGGAGCGGGAUCUCUCCCUCAGGAUGAUGCAGGCAUAUUCGCGAUUCGCGCUUCUGGGAAAACCGAUGGCUGAGGGUGUUGAGUGGCCGACUUAUUCGAGGGAUCAACCGCAGUACUUUGUGUUUGACGCGGAAGAAAGCGGCCUUGGAAAAGGUCCUCGAGCAACAGCCUGCGCAUUCUGGAAUGAAUUUCUUCCACGGCUGAAGGGCGUUCCUGAUCCGCCCGAAGCCUGCGACGCGGCUGUUGCCUCCAGCGUUUCAGCGGGUGCAAGACGGCUUUACGAUUUCGUAUGCAGUUUGAUACUGCUAGUUUCCUGCACGCUGAUAACGAUCCCGAUUAUUGCAUAAGAUAAGAGGUAGAAAUAAAAAUAAAUAAAAAUCCCCCUCACACGUUCUCGCUGCAGGCUGUAAUAGGCAAGCCCAACAAGUUCCAAGACGUGUCCCGAUUUGGACAACACGGUGUGUUAAAGGAAAAGAGAGAACCUGAAGAAGAAGAAGAGGAAGAAGAAGAAGGAGAAGAAGAAGAGGAAAAAGAAGAAGAAGAAGGAGCGGGAGAAAAUGAAGCAGCCCGUGAUUUUCAUCAACUUGAAUUUCAUUUGCUCGCAGAAAUUGGCUUAGGUCGAGACGAGAUUACAACGCAUGUCGCUUACAUUACUCCUCGUUGUAAGUGCUACACCAUAGAAACUUAUUAUCCCGUAUGAUUCAUCCUCGAUAAUGAUGUGCGCGUCGGUCUGACCGAUUUGCAGAGGUUGUAAUUUGGUUGGAAUUGAACACGAAUCGGAUGUGGAGAGAGAAAAAUCCCUGACCAGAAAAAAAAAAACAAUGUAAAAAAGUAGCAAAGAAGAUAUUCACGGUAUCGGAGGAAAAUUAACCGAAAAACGAACGCAGAUAGUGAAAAAAGAUGAUACAUAUUUUUUAGAUUAUAAUUGCAUGACCAUUUAUUGUUUAUAUAAAUAUCAACGUGUGCAAUUAACGAUAAUUGUGUAAUAACCACAUAUGUGUAUAAAUUGUUGACAUAAUUUAACGCUUGAACACCGCAUUAAGUUAUUUGGAUUAUCAGAAUGUAAAGAGGAAAAGUAACGAGAAGAAAAAGAUUCGUUUUCGAAGGGAGGAUACACGAACCGCAUCGGUUGUUGAAUGUCUGAAUUUCGACUCGAUACAAAGCUGUGGAGUGAAAUCGCGUGUCCGAGCUUUGGAGGGCUUUUCUGAAUAAAACAUUGUCCGUCGAUCGUAAAUAUUUUACACCCUAUAAUUCGACGGUUUAUGGAUUAAGUCGAAACCCCGCGUCCUGGAAAGAUCUGCAAGCACCAAUUUACCUUGCGCCUCACGUGCAUGUCGUUUUUUCACCGUGUAAAUAAAAUUUUCAGCAAUUUUUCUCCUAUCUCUGUCCGUUGUUCGAAUGAUCUAUGUUUUAUGAUUGGCCGUUCGGACGGAGGGUUCGCGUAAAAAAUACAUGCUGUUCGGUUUCUCAAUUUUCGGUUAACACUAUAGUCAAAUGAUUGGGAUAAGCGAUGAAGUUAUUAUCCGAAACACCGCGUGUUUGGUCCAAUGAUUUAUAGUCCUUAUGCCUAAUAUUAUAUACGAUAUGAUCCAAAAUCUGACGGAUACUGUAAUAGAAAAAAAAAGAAAAAAAAAAACAUAGAAAAUUUUCCCCUUUCGAGAAUAGAAUCAAUAUACGAAUGAAUGUACAAUGCAUAAUUAUUCGUUCGCAAUUGAUUUGUCAAUCAGAUCACGGUGAAUGUGUAAAAAGUAUAAAAUAUCGAGCCAGUCGGUGGGCUAAUAAAAUUUAGUACACCACACCUAAUACAUGUUCGUCACCUAUGCGUAUCGCAUUAGAAUAUCUAGAACGCAUUCAAAAAUAUAACAAACAAAUAAACAAAAGUCAAACAAACGGGUCGAAAUUUAUAAUUUCAAAUUAUAUAACAUAUCGCUCUUGCGACGUCAAACGAAUAAUCGUGCAUUGCUGUAUUAUAUGUUAUGCAUGUAUAUGUAUACAUAUACUUAUAUAUACAAUAAUAUACAUAAACAAAAUGAAGCGAUCGGAGGAGGAUCGUGGAAAUCUUCGAUCACAUGUAUCUAGAUCCGUCCGGCAAUCGGAUUCGGGGAAAAGUGAUGGCUGGGGGUGAAAUUGAAACGAUAAAUAGAAUGGCGAAUCGAUCUUUCCGUAACAUUCACUCGUUUUAGGAAGGAUGGUUGUCCGAAGAUUUAUACUUUUUAUUAGUUGAGAAGGAGAAUUAAAAAAGGAUUUAAGUGCAAUUUUUGUCAACAAAUAUCCCAUGCAUCAUAUGACUAACAAUAAGCAGCGAAGAAACAAUAGUUUCUCUCCGUUUUUUGUAUUUUUAAUUUUCAAAUAAGUACUAGUUACAGGCACUUGCUGCCUUUUUUAAUUCUUCUCUUCAAUGUUGUUGCGUGAUAAUCGUGUGAUUAGUAUAAUCAAUGAAAUUAUUAUAUUCCUAAGCUACGAGAUAGCUUUUGAGAAAAAUACGGGUGCAUUAACAUGUGUAGUAAAAUACUCGAAUUAUAAAGCAGAAACUUGUCGCUACACAUCGACGUUUCGUGUCAAAUCGCUUUAUAGUUGUUACACUUACAGUAGUGCCGUUCAGUUUUAAUUUAACCGGCUAAUUCCAUUCAAGAGAUCAUAUUUUCUACAAAGUUACAGAAACCGAUUUUGUACCUUAGCAAUUAGUUAAAUAUUGACAUCUGUUGAUCGUAAUCCAUCUCGAUGCCGAUAACGUAAAAUUAAAUUUUCAACGAUGCCAAAAUAUUUUUGAAAAAAAGGAAAGUGUUUCGGUUAUUUUUUUAGAAAAUAGUCUUCUGAAUUUAAUUUUAUUUCUAAUUCCAGCAUGUGAUAGUUUUGCUUGAGAAUAUGACAAUUUUAUAAAUUAUACGCAAUUAUUAUACUACUAUCUCGAAAUAAAAUUAAUAAUAAUUAGAUCGCUUUAAAGCUGAGCAACAUCCAUAAUGAAAGAAGAAAAUGAAACAAAUUCUGAAGUAAGACGAUUGAAUGUAAAGUAAGUUGGAUCGUAUAGAAAUUUUCCCAACGAACCACGACUCGUUCAAAUUGAUUACAAAAUCGGUUUUAUGAUACAUGUGCAUCUAUCGUAUCUUCGGAAAACAGUUGCGUGUACAAGUCCCUACCUAAUUUAAUACGAAAUGUCUGCACCCCAGUCGUAAGUGUACAGUCGUAAAUUCAUUCAAAUUAAGAGAGCGUCCAGAUUUAAUCGAUCAACUAAUUUCCACGCAUUUAGUAAUAUACAUAAAACUUACGUAAGCAUGCAAUUAUAUUGUUUUUCGCGCUAAUUAGUCGUGAAUGGCUCGCGGUAAUGCCAGUAAAAAUUGAAAACCGUCACGUCCGCACAUCUACGUGCCACAAAACACGAUUCGACUUUUUAUUUCUUCCGUAUUAUAUACAGCUGUUAAACAAUUCAAUGAAUUUGGCUGCUCAUUAGGAUAUUACGAUUAGGUGGGACGAGGUAAUUUAUUAACGAAUAAAAAUUUACGAUUUCUCGAUGACGAAAUAUGCGGUCAGCAUGUGCUCGGGAUGCAAAUUGUUCGAGGAAGAGAGAAAAAAAAUGAUAAUAAAAAUAAUAAUGUUCAAAAAAAAAUCAAUGUCAAUAAAUUGAAUAAUUUUAAACACCUGGCCGACACGAGAUCGAUUAGCGAUUCUGGUCACAUGCCACAUAAUGUAAAUUCUACAAAGUCUCUUACUACUCGUCGGAAUUAAUCACAAUGAGUAUUGGUAAUUAAUUCAUGAGCCUGGUUUUAUACGCUGUCAAUAGUUACUCUUUGAUAUUUGAUUUUCUUUUUUUUUUAACUGUGAAGCAAAAAACGUUCAGCGAUUCACAUUUUUUAGUUAAAUUAAGACACCUAGUUGUGAAAAUAAAACAGCUCAAUAAAACUUCAUGCGAAAGAUUGUAUCUGAAACUCGACUUCGGGCAAAAACGUAAAUUUUAUCAAAAAUGAAAAAAAGCAACACUCGUCCAUAAAAAUUCUUAGUCAUUUCGAAUCUAUGAUAGUUACUAAAAAUAAAAAAAACGAUAACUUAAAAAUGUGAACUUACCGUCGCGACCCAAUGAGCUAGUUAGUUCGAAUAAAUAAUAUCGAUGACACACUUUAUGCAAAAAGUUGGUAAUUCGGCGCAUAGAGCUUAUAUACGGCAAAAUUUAAUUUAAACCCUGUGAUUACAAUUUUCACACCUGUUUCGAAAUUUUAUUUGUCAUCAAUUGAAUUUUUGGCCCAUUUUAAAACUCCAAUAUGCAAUCUAUUUCGAAAAUUCGAAAUUCAUGUGUCAAUUCUCAAGACUGUCGUAAAAUUUCGUAGCAAGAUAUAUCAGUUUUUUAAAUUCAAUAUUUUUCUCCUCGACAUUUUUCAUCACAUUUCAAUUUUCGAAUGUGGUAAUGAAAUUUCACACAUCCAGUAAUUAAAAUUUUUAAAGCAGUUUUAUAAAUUUUUUAACAACAUUUGUUAAUUUUACACGAAUAGUGUUCUGUACAUGAACACCUGCUUUAUUUGCGGGGUCUGAGGCUUCGCCAUUCCUCGUAAAUGAUGUACGUGUACAUAUAACUGCAGUCAAUUACUCUAAGCAGAAAAUUUUCGCAAAACUGAUAAUUUUCUUUCACCUAACUUUGAAAAAUGAUUUUCGCCGUUCUGCUGACGGUUUCAAGUUCAAAGAACUCAUUCUUCCGCGGGUGCGAUCCAGUAAUCCGAGGAAGAAACGAACUAUGUUGAAUUUUCUAGUUCCGUGUAAGGUUGUUACACAAAAAUGCGUUAUUUUUCCGCUGUUAAUUAUAAGCACCGUACGAUCACCGAGGAAUGUUUGUGAAGAUGCACAGAUUUACAAAAAAUAGUAUAAAGCUAAAAGCAUUAAUCCAAACAACAUGCGACAUUCGUCACGCAAGUGUGUAAAUCGAAAGGUGUAUUCGGCCUAAUCUGAGAUAUCAAUCUAGAAAGUUUGUACAAUAAGCCGCCAGUCCAUUCAUGGAUUCUCUGAUUUGAAAUAGCGGUGAAUGUUUUACCGUAUAUAUCCAAACAGCAUUGAUUCCGCAUGCCUGCUUGAUUAACUUUUAAUGUCAUAUUAAUACGCCGGCCAGAGAUCUAUCCGUCAGAUAUCUCGUAACAGAGGCACGUUUCAACCCCUCGAGUAUAUGGUAAAAGUAUUUUUCGAUGGUUUUGUCAUUCCUUUCGUUUACAUAUGCGUGCAAUGGAUAUGUAACAAAAGGAUACGCCCGAAGGUGAUAUAAUAGCAAAACGACUUACGGUAUUGAUUAAUUCAAAGGAGAAAAGCGAGGAAAGUUACAUAUUUAACGAUCCGCAAUUUGUAAUUAUCAAUAUGGUGAUAACGACCAAGAGUUUUCAUUGUAGCCGAGGCUCGAGGCUAUUUAUUUUAUUCUAAGAAUACCGUACUUAUCACACGAUAGAAAAGACACUCCCAGCCGACCGCAUCGCUCUAAAUUUAAGUUUAGACUUUAUGCUUGCAUUGUUAAUAGCCAAGAUCAAUGAUGCCUCAUACCGACUGCCCUCGUCUGUCUCUUUAAUUAUUUCCAAUUAAUUGGAAAUUUAGGGAGAUUUCGUAGCACGAUUCGGUCCCAGACACCAGUCAGCAUCGAUCUAUACUCCUAUCUGAAUUGGAUACCGGACGAGAAAAACAAAAAAAAGAAAUAGACUAAAACUGGUGAGAAAAUAAAACUACAACAAUAACUAAUAACAGAAAUACAAGAAUAACGAGCCAACCGCGCUCCGCGCCAUAAAACGUGGAUUUACAAGAUUAUCCACUUAAAGCAGAGAUUCGAUUUUUUAUUAGCGUCACAUUGAAAUCGCACAAGUUUGUCGUAUUUUUUUAAAUAUCGUACGUAACCCGAGGAACAACUGUUACAUAACAUCAUCGUUCAAAUUUUUUUACACCGAAAAAAAAAAAACCAAUUCGGAUUUAAUAGUGGUUUCCUAACUCGAAAGGAUAAUCAUUUACAUAUAUAGAACUGCAUGUGAAUCUCGAAUUCCUAUGUUUGCACCUGAGAAAAGGGUUGAAACUGUGCUGAGUGGUUGUAAUGUUUUAUUCAGAUACGCGUGCACGGGAAUUUGCGUAUUCAAAGGGUGUGAGCGUCGAGAAAAUAAGAAGCUAGAGAGAGAGAGAGAGAGAGAGAGAGAGAGAGAGAGAGAGAGAGAGAGAGAGGAAGAGGAAAAAAAGAAGAGAGUAAAAUCGAAUUCUCAAGCGUUGAACGAGCCGACGUGUGCAGACGUGAGAAAAUGUCAGAUCGAAUAUUCCCAGUAUAAAUAUAAUGGAUGUGCGCAAACUUUUAAAACAGACUUUCAGUUAUACAUAAUAAUAAAUGAAUAGAUUUGUGAA